AUGGAUGCGCGAAGUCUAACAGAAUCCCCCGAUUUGGCUGCUCAAGAUGAACGGCAGCGACUGGAGGCCUUGAUAAAGCGUGCUGCUGCAAAGGAUGCCAUGAAGGAUUAUAAUGCUGCCGCAGAACUUUACUCAGAAGCUACCGAAAUCCAAGCGAAGUUAAACGGCGAGCUGUCGCUCGAAAAUGCCAGUUUAUUGUUUGCCUACGGGAAAGCUCUGUACAACGUCGCGGUAAGCAAGAGUGAUGUUCUUGGUUCGAAAGUUGCGGGAAAGGCGCAACCCCAGUCAGCACCAAAAGACAAGAGCGCUUCGUCCGAGUCACUCCCAGUUGCUGAUAAUCUCAUAAAAAAUGCCGUGGCUUCGAGCUCUUCAGUGGCAAAGAUCCAGGAAAGGAGCUCAGAGGAUAAUCAGAGCAAGCCUUUUUUCCAGUUUACUGGCGAUGAGAACUUUGACACCGAUUCAGAGGAAGAAAAUGAAGACAAUGCGGCUGAAGGAGAUGAGGACGACAACGACGACGACGACGACGACGAUUUUGCCAAUGCUUUCGAGAUCCUUGAUUUGGCGCGGGUCCUCUAUCACAAGAAACUCAGUGCUCUGGAAGAGUCCGGUAAAGGCAAAUCUACAGAUCCUCUCCCCGAGCUCAAGGAGAUAAAGGAGCGCUUGGCCGACACAUAUGACCUCCAAGCCGAGAUUUUACUAGAAGGGGAGAAUUUUUCAGAUGCUGUCACAGACCUAAAGAUGGCGCUUGAACUCCGACAGUCACUAUUCCCGAUGGAGGACCCGUCAGUUGCUGAAUGUCAUUAUAAACUUUCCCUCGCCCUAGAGUUUGGGGCUGUACAGCAUGGUGAUAAUCCAGAAGGAGAAACCAAACCUGCCAAGGUAGACGAGGAAAUGCGAAAAGAAGCAGUAACACAAAUGGAAAUGGCCAUUGAGAGUUGCCGGGUCAGGAUAUCUCAAGAGCAGGAGAAAUUGAAAACGGAUGGUUCUCUAGAUGAGGACAAGCGGGCAGCACUAAAACGAAAAAUAGCCAAUGUGAAGGAAAUCAUAUCAGACAUGGAGCAGAGACUGCUCGACCUCCGACGUCCCCCAGUAUCUGUCGAGAAGGUACUUGAUAACCAGGGCGAAAACAUGAUUAAAGGAAUUCUGGGACAAAUUAUGGGUGAAUCAGAUAGCAACAAGCAGUCUCUACUCGAUGUCGCCACACAGAAUGCCACAGACCUUACCGCGUUUGUGAAACGCAAGCCAGCCAGCAGCAAGUCAUCUCAGCGAGCAAGCUCGGCUCCGAAGCGGCCGGUGCAGGAAGAAGCAUCUGAAGGAGAUUCCAAAAGGCUGCGAGUGGCUGACGGUGAUGAAAAGGCUACAUGA